CACCAUCACCAUCAAAGCCCUGCCUAUAAAUUCGUCCUUAACCUUGCCAGAUACUGUAUCAAAAUCUAAUCGAUCAGUUCUGAGCUACCAUGUGUUUACCGCUGGAGGUCAUGGGACUCAUUGCCGAACAUGCGGCUCAGCACAUCAUAAAUGCAUCCCCAUUCAUCCAACCCACGAAUCAAGAAGAGGCAAUAAAGGCGCAAGAACACCACCGUGACCUAUUAAACCUAGUGGUUUCAUGCAAGACCGUCUACAAUCAUAGUCGACACCUCCUCUACACCUGUCUAAUCCUAGGGAAUGCUACCGACAUAGUCGCCGCUCUGGCCAAUAUUGUCAAACAUCCACGAGUCGGACCGUCUAUCCGUCAUAUAAGAUGCUGCACGGAGCUUCAUUCCGAAACAGAGCGGGACAAGGCUUUAGAGUAUUGGCUAUUGGACCACUCACAGGAUGCGGCACUACUCCAAGACACCCUCAGGGCAGAAGGUCUACUUCCUCCUUGGUGGAAUGAAACAGAUAUUCCUUGGACAUGCUGGGAGGGAUUUAUAUACGAUGACUGUACAGAGGUUGCACUCUUAGCCCUUCUGCAUAUGGUAACGGAGUUAGAGACGCUUUCGUUCCAACAGCUUGAUGCGGACCUCAUUACAGAUUGGGGACAAGUGCGAGAUCUGCGAGCAUCUUUCGCGCAAGCUCGGUCUGGAUCACAACCCUUCUUGGGUUCGUUACGAAAUCUUCACUUCGGUAGUGGGACCUUGGGUGGUAUGGAAAACUUUCUUUCCAAUCAACCGCACGAAAAUCUAGAAGUACUGGUCCUCGAUGGUAUAGGUAUUGAGGGCUUCAGCCGGUGGUCCAGAUACUUUGAGUUCAAAGGUAUUCACCUGAAGGAGCUUUACUUGGGAACAAAAAGUACAUCUCCCAAAGCUGUCAUUGAUCCUCUUCUUGCUCGAAGAGAAUGGGUCAAUGGCAGGUGGGUUACUCCAGUACCAAAAGAGCUAGAAACCCAGUCUGAGGUGUGUUUGGGAGGUGAAGAAGCAUGGAGGCUUUCGGUUCCAGAAGCCAGGGAUACUAUGGAUUGCCUCAAAGACUUCAAAAAUCUCAGGGUGUUGGAUGUUGUUUUUGACAGGCCUCCUGAUUGGCCAUCUAGGCCGUUAAUUGCACUCAAGAACAUUGCUUCAGGGUCCCUGGAGGUUUUUAGAGUCGAAGGAUACCCAUUCAGAGUUGUUCCAGGAGAUUUUGGACCAUGUAACACUGAGUAUGAACAGGCUUUUGUUCCAAGGUUUGAUACGGUCGAGUAGGUUAGGGUUAUAUUAUCUAGCUCAACACUCUUUCUUCAACUAAGGGGCGUCAAUAACUUUGCUCCUUAGACAAGGCCAUUGUACUCCGGUUACUUUUAGAGAGAUAUCUUAACCUAACGUAUGGCAACUAUUGCCAUGUUGCCGGGUCCCUGUUGGAUUUCCUGCUCCUUGUCUAAUUGUCUACGAACUUGGGAUAAACGUGGCCUAGUCUUAGUUCUUUUGGCCUCC